UUGUCCCAUGUAGAUACAAACCUCGAAGGAGGACAGGAAUAUUCUCCUCUCCCCACGCAGUGAUAGAUAUUUCUCUUCCCAACGGCCUGGAAGCAAAUACAGAGGACUUGUCUCUUCUUUCGAAUAGUGUUGACCAGCUGAUUUCGAAUUAUGAGAUAACGCCCGAUGGACAUGUCGUCAUGCAGGUGGACUCGAUUCCAGGAAACGAGUUCCUGUGCGUCGGUUUCCGAACAAUUGAAAUUUACCGGGUUGGAAUGCCAAGUCCAGGAACCUUCUCGGUGUAUGACUAUCACGACCCCGAAAAACGGUGCACCAUUUUUUAUAACGCUUACGGAGAAGAAUCUCUUGUUAAAUUAUGUGAAGGCAGCGAAUGCAAAUGUAUGGAAGCGGAAUGUGGACAUAUGCAGCCCCGGAUGGACACCUCCAUAACUUUGGAUACCCGGAAAGAGGCCGCUUGCCAGCAGAACAUUGCCUAUGUUUACAAAGUGGUUAUCAAAUCAUCCAAGGAAGAGGGGAGCUUUGUUAAAUACAACGCAGUCCUCCUGGAACCCUAUAAACUAGGGGUGACUUUUGCCGAGAAGAACACAGAAAUCAUCUUUAUUAAAAAGAGCUCCUGUACGGACAUCCAGCUGAAUCCAACGCAGAAUUACUUGAUCAUGGGAAAAGAGGCAUUGAAGACAGGACAGGACGCCAAUGCCAGAUACCAGUAUCCUUUGGACGAUUCGACGUGGAUUGAGUGGUGGCCGUCCUCAAAUGCCGACUGUGGGUUUUGCCAGGCAUUUACAGAUUCAUUGGAGGAAUUUGCAGAGGAUCUCUUUCUCAUCGGUUGUUAAAAACUCCUCAGAAGACCUGCAACAGGUCUCCGGCUUCCUGUAACUAGCAUUUUUGACAAUUUCUUAUGGACUUGCAUACUCCUAAGCAAGUAGGGAUAUGAUCAUGCUUUAGAUCAGGGCUCUCCAAACCUGGCAACUUUAAGAUGUGUGGACUUCAGCUCCUAGAAUUCCUCAUCCAUCAUAGGUGACUUUGGGACCAAUCACCAGGAGAUGGUGAGUUCUA